AUGUCAGACGUACUCUCUCAUUCGGUCAUCCCCCUUGAGGCGUUUACCGAUGAGUUCUCAGCAACCCCCGAGUUAUCGAGUGUGGCUUUGGGGGGACAAAUUACCAGCGUCUCCGAUGAAUUCUUCGCCGAGGCAUUCCAUUUAUUGUUGGUCGAACCUGCCCCCAGCAUGAAAGGCCAGUUCGGACCUAAGGGUGCGCUGUACAGCGGAUGGGAAACGCGGAGACACAACCCGACGUAUGACUGGUGUAUCAUAAAGCUCGGGACGUCGGGGUCCAUCGUUGGCUUUGAUAUCGAUACUAGCAACUUCAAUGGCAACGAAGCACCUCAAGUUUCUGUAGAGAUCCUGCACACGGAUCAAAAGGAAGAACCUCUGGAUCACGAUUCACGGUGGUCAGAAGUAUUACCAAAGGUCAAUCUUGGCCCUGAUUCUAGACAUCUUUUCAAGAUUCCUCAAUCCACGACAGCUAGCCAUGUCAAACUGAACAUGUAUCCCGACGGCGGCAUUGCGCGAUUCCGUGUCUACGGCCACGUCGUUCCCGUCUUCCCUUCGGACGUCUCUAAGCCCUUUGAUAUGGCUCACGUUUUCGCCGGUGGUGUUGUCAUGUACACUUCUGACCAACACUUCGGCGUAGGCUCCAACUUAAUUUUGCCUGGCCGAGGCAAGCACAUGGGCGACGGUUGGGAGACGAAGCGAAGCCGCCAGAAGGGGCACAAAGACUAUGCCAUCAUUAAACUGGGAGCACCUGGAGCAUUGGAGUACGUCGAAUUAGACACUCUGCAUUUCAAGGGGAACUUCCCUGAAAGCUGCGAGCUACAUGCGAUCCAUGCUUCGGAUCAUUUGCCGAUUGAAGAGUUAUAUAAAGACGGAGGAAGUCAGGAAUGGACGCAGAUUCUCCCUCGAACAAAGCUAGGCCCGCACAGACAGCAUUACUUCCAAUUGGAGAGUGUAGCCGGUCAGCUGUAUACACACGUCAAAAUAACCAUACACCCCGAUGGCGGACUGAAGAGAGUUAGGGUGAUCGGUAGACGCGCUGCUGACCAUUUCCCUGAGGCAGAACCACUACAGCUCACCGAGACUCCAUCCAUUUCGCCGCCUCCCAUUGCUACCCUGGACGGGCCCUCCGCCUCUGGCCCCGCAACAAUUGUACCCGUCCUACCGUUGACGCCUGAAGCUUUUGCGCCGUUUGGUCACGUAGUUCAGGCGUAUGGAGACCUUGACGCCGCUCCUCGAGGCACCCGCAUCACAGCCGCUAAGGGCCCGGUCUGCUCACCGGGCCCUAACUUCGGUACCGCUGACAAGUUCCAUAAGCUCGCACCCAUUCUAUCUUCGUACCCUCCCGGUUCCAAUGCAGCCCCUGGCCUCUCCGUCUAUCGGUGCAGACCUCUAGAAAAUGUGGCUGCAGAUAGGACCACGGAGUUGACUGCAUUCGAACGACAUCCAUACACCAACCAAGCCUUCAUCCCCAUGGGCAAGGGGGCCGGCGAGGGUAUAGUGGAUCCGGCAGAUUCUUAUCUCGUUGUUGUCACAAAGAAUGGAGAAGACGACAAACCAGAUGUAUCGACGAUACGGGCAUUCUUAGCUACCUCUGCCCAGGGAAUUGUGUAUAGAGCUGGCGUUUGGCAUCAACCGAUGACUGUAUUGAACAAGCCUCUGGAUUUGACUUGCGUCGAAACACAGAUAGGGGACGGUAGCGCCGCUGAUUGUGAGAUUGUUGCGUUGGAUAGGAUCAAGCAAGUUAUCAAGCUGCAGCUGCCUAGUGUAUGA